GGCAGCGACUGACGUCACGGGCGGCUGAUGAAAGGGGCGGCGAGCUGUUGACGGAGCUGCAGGAAGAAGAGAAUGUGGCCUAUUUGGGGUGUGCCCAAUAGGGCUGAUUUGGACUUUACAGAAACCAUCAACAAGAGGAUGCGAGUUCCCAACCGGCUGAAAGCGGCGGAUGAGUCCAGCUUAAAAUAUCCAAAGAGAGCUCCCUCAGAGGACUUUCCUUCACCUUUCCAGAUGUACGUCCCUGAUAGGCUUCUGCCAGCAGAAACCAGGGACAUACCUUUCAGGCCUGCCUUGGUGAACCAGAUACGGCAACAUUGCCUGGCUGUGGCUGACCCUCUUCUGGAGCCUUCAGGCCCAACCACCAUUCAUGAGGAGCAUCCCAUUCUGAGCCUCGUUUCCAGACCAGGAUCUCAGAAACGCAAACGACUGAGUCAUCAAGGCAGAGCCCGGAAAGAGAGAAUCCUGAGUGAGACCUCUCAGCUGGCCCUGUGCGGGGUCAGACAGAGGCGUGAAUGGCUGGACACAAGCUUGCCCCCUGACCCAGCCCCUCAGUUUCCUCCAUUCCAUUUGGAGGGCAGGAUCUUCUCCCUGCAGAACAUCCUUCAGGCACUGCGUUUCCUGGGACACCAGCUGUUCCAGCUGUUUUGGAAGCCUGGCCAUGCCCCACUGAGUGCCCCAGAGACAAGUGUGAUCUUGGAAAGCUCCUUGGAGGAAAUUGGCACCGCUGAGAUUCUGGCAAUGAGAAAACAAUUGGCUAAAAUCUCGGGAAGGCUUCGGAGUCUGGAGGAGAAAUACAUGGGCUGGCGUCAGAAGGAGCUGGUGGUCUACUCUGUGCUGGUCUCCACGUAUCUUCUCAACAUGUGGCUUUGGAUGCGGAGAUGAGGAUGUGAAGCUGUAGGAAGCUGUGUGUGAGAGAUUGGGAAAGGAUGAGGCUUUGUUUGCACUUUGUGCUUUUUAACUUACACUGACCCUAUGCCUAGAUACUCUGGGACUUGACUGCUCCUGGUUGUAAUAGGAGAAUGGACAGAAUGAGGUGCACUUGUUACUUUAGCGGAAGUGGAGUGGAUGUCGCAGCACACACUUGGUGGCUUGA